AUGAUCCCACAUGACAAAAUUACUCCUCCACUCUCCAAAUUGAACUUUUCUCCUCCUCUCGAGCCUUCCCGAUUUCCAGUUUCACCCGGGGCACCGAAACACCCGCCACGCCGAACAGCCAUGGCUUCCUUGAGCUCGCUCUACCCUCCGUCGCUGUGCUCUUGCUCUUCCUCUGGGUCUUCGAUCCACGCCAGAAAUUCGACCGAAUCGAGACUAGCUCCCUCCCUUUCUCGACACACAAACCACCGUCUUCCCGCCGUCAGCUCUUGCCGUCCGAAGAGGACGAGGGGGAGCUUUGUUCUGAGAUCGGCCCUUGAAGACACCUACGUCCUCGAACCACCGCCGCCCGCCCGCCCUCCUGCUAGCAGCGCUGAACGUAUCGACUGUUUGAAGCUCAAAUUGCUGGGUGUAGUUUCUGGGCUCAACCGGGGUCUUGCUGCAACUGAAGAUGAUCUAAAGAAGGCAGAAGCUGCAGCCAAGGAGCUUGAAGAUGCAGGAGGACUAGUGGACCUCGCAUGUGACUUGGAUAAGCUGCAAGGGAGAUGGAAGCUUGUUUACAGCAGCGCAUUCUCUUCUCGAACCCUCGGCGGAAGCCGUCCUGGUAUCCCCACUGGAAGACUGCUACCCGUCACUCUUGGCCAGGUUUUCCAACGGAUAGACGUCGUGAGCAGAGAUUUCGACAACAUAGCUGAGCUUCAAUUGGGUGCUCCAUGGCCAUUGCCACCAGUUGACUUGACUGCAACUUUAGCCCACAAGUUCGAACUCAUAGGAUCGGCCAAGAUCAAAAUCAACUUUGAGAAAACAACAGUGAAGACGACGGGUAACUUGAAUCAGCUUCCUCCGCUGGACAUCCCUAAGCUACCAGAGGCUCUGAGGCCUCCAUCAAACCCGGGGUCUGGAGACUUUGAGGUCACCUUCCUCGAUGGCGACACUCGGAUCACUAGAGGGGACCGUGGCGAGCUCAGGGUGUUUGUCGUCUCAUGAUUUAUGGACCCUUGGGCAGUGAAAUGACACCGCUACUCCAAGUUGUUUCCUAGUUUGUGUAUGAGAAUCAUCCGCAGCCGUUGAUGUACACCUUUUUUUUCCUGCUUUGUGGAGUUUUGUAUAGUGUAACACUCACCAUAUGUCACGGCGGGAUCCGUAAUCCGAGUCUGGACAAUGGACUAUAUGUGCCAUCUGGUGUAGCAUGGUGUAGAAUGCUGCUUUGAUGGUAUGAGCAAAUGGUCUGUGCAAUGUCAAUUGCCAAAGACCUUAAUUUUAUAAGGCUGUUCAACAGCUGAAGAACUGUGCAUUCUAGCACGUUUUGGCUUAUCGAUUUUGCUUUUUGCUGUAAAAAAAUAAUGCAACU